AUGGUGCUGGGGAAGGUGAAGAGCUUGACAAUAAGCUUUGACUGUCUGAAUGACAGCAAUGUCCCCGUCUACUCCAGCGGGGACACCGUCUCAGGAAGGGUCAACUUAGAAGUCACGGGGGAAAUUAGGGUGAAAUCGCUGAAAAUCCACGCCAGGGGACACGCCAAAGUGCGCUGGACCGAGUCGAGGAAUGCUGGAUCCAACACUGCCUACACACAGAACUACACCGAAGAAGUGGAGUAUUUCAACCAUAAGGACAUCCUGAUCGGCCACGAGAGAGACGAUGACAAUUCAGAAGAAGGCCUUCACACCAUCCAUUCAGGAAGGCACGAAUAUGCAUUCAGCUUCGAGCUUCCACAGACACCACUUGCUACCUCAUUCGAAGGCAGACAUGGCAGUGUGCGCUAUUGGGUGAAAGCCGAAUUGCAUAGGCCUUGGUUUCUACCAGUAAAAUUAAAGAAGGAAUUUACAGUCUUUGAACAUAUAGAUAUCAACACUCCUUCAUUACUGUCACCCCAAGCAGGCACAAAAGAAAAGACUCUCUGUUGUUGGUUUUGUACCUCAGGCCCAAUAUCCUUAAGUGCCAAAAUUGAAAGGAAGGGCUACACCCCAGGUGAAUCAAUUCAGAUCUUUGCUGAGAUCGAGAACUGCUCUUCCCGUGUGGUGGUGCCAAAGGCAGCCAUUUACCAAACGCAGGCAUUUUAUGCCAAAGGGAAAAUGAAGGAAGUGAAACAGCUUGUUGCCAACCUGCGUGGGGAUUCCUUGUCAUCUGGCAAAACGGAAACCUGGAAUGGCAAACAGUUGAAAAUUCCACCUGUUUCCCCUUCGAUCCUCGACUGUAGUAUAAUCCGCGUGGAGUAUUCACUGAUGGUAUACGUUGAUAUUCCAGGCGCCAUGGAUUUAUUCCUCAACCUACCACUGGUCAUUGGUACCAUUCCUCUACACCCGUUUGGUAGCAGAACAUCGAGUGUGAGCAGCCAGUGUAGCAUGAACAUGAAUUGGCUUGGUCUGACACUGCCUGAAAGACCAGAAGCACCCCCCAGCUAUGCAGAAGUGGUCACGGAGGAGCAACGACAGUCCAGCCUGGCACCCAUCGGGGCGUGCGACGACUUCGAGAGAGCGCUUCCAGGACCACUCUUUGCAUACAUCCAGGAGUUCCGUUUCCUGCCUCCACCCCUCUAUUCAGAAAUUGACCCAAACCCGGAUCAGCCCACAGAUGACAGACCAUCUUGCCCCUCUCGCUGAAGGAAUCCACAGAAAGCUGACUUGACUUGGGUUCUGAAUCCUACCUGCCGUGUUGAAGGUCAAGGAGUCGUAGUGGAGACACGCUUUCAAGGGAAGUGGUUUUGCUCUUGCCUGUAUGGUGAAUUAAACGAAAACAACCUGUGAUCAUGCUUCGAAGCCUACGGUAACGUUGUAGGACUGCUCCACAUGCUUGAAGACCUGAGCUUUUUAUUUUUUUUCCCCCCUCCCUUCCUUAAAUACUGGCACAUACUAGGAGCAGCCUUACUAACCUACAGUCAUGUGUGUCAAAACACUCAAACCACAUUGUAAGAGAGGGAUGGCUUCCUCUUCUGAUUUGGAAAUUUGCACAUGCUCAUUGCUUACGUUGUGCGGUUCGGUGUCACUACAGCUUUUUCUCAUUUAUGCCGGACUGUUGUUACCCCCCCCCUUCUUUGUUUGUGGUCCGCACAAUAAGGAGCAAAAGAAAGCUUUGACAAAAAAAAAAAAAAAAAAAAAGGAAAAAAAAAAAAACAACAGCAACAGACUUUGACAAAUGCACUGACUUUUUUCUUUUUUUAAUUUAAUGUAGCCUGGACUUUACCUGCAUAUGCACAUGCUCAGAAUUGUCCUAGUAGGCUGAUCAUGUAUCACCUCUUCAGCUUGGAUCCUAUUGUGGAUUUAUUUACAAACAUCAAAUGCCUUCAAGCCAAUCCUUCUUGCUGUAUGUUUUGCAGCCUACUGUAGUAGAUAAGCAACAGAUAAUGGGGAUAAGGAGGGGGGUGGAGAGUUAAUAGAAAGAAACUAAUAGACUUCAUUGAGAUUGUAUACUUUCUUGAUUUCUUUUAAGAAUUUGUUGCCUUUCUACUAUUAUUGCAAAGCAGCAUUUUGUUACAGACUGCCUAAAAAUCACUUAAUCUCAGGUGAACUCAUCACUUGCCAAACUGUUGGAAUGCUAUUUGUUUUGUUACGUUGCACUGUUGAGUUACUUCUUCUUUUUGUUUUGUGUUUGUGUUUUGUUUUUAUUCUUUACUCGAGAGGGAGAUCUGGAAUAGGGACAUACACAAAAGUUACAAACCCCACCCUCAUUCUCAUUUUGCUUUCUGUGUUACGAAAAAAAAAAGAUGUUUGCCCAUGGCAGAGAGGUUGGAACUAGAUCAUCUUCAAGGUCUCUUCCAAGUCCAACCUUUCUAUGAUUCUAUGUUCAAGUUGUGAAGCUUUAAAAAAAGAAAAAGAAAAAAAAAAAAAAGGAAAAAAAAAAAAAAGGCACAAAUGAAAGCAGCACCAGCAGACACCACCUCAGCCUCAAAAGCAUUUUAAAAGGAAAUAGUCAUACGCUGUCUAGGAUUCAUAGACAGAUCGAUAUCUCAAGUAGUGGGAUGGGAAGGGAAAGUAAGUUUAUUUUUAUAUAUAGUUAACCUAAUCCCCAAAAAUUCUAUAUGUAAUGAGUCUCUAGUAGAAAGUAUAUUUCAAACUGCAGGAAAAGCUUGGACUAUGCUAAGAGCUCAGUUUAUGCACUUUCUAUUAUCUUCAGGGUUUAUGAUACUGUAAAAUUAGUAAGACUAGAAGUAUAAUUAAACUGGGCAAGAUCAGUGUUACCAGCCAUACUCAGAUAUCAGCCGGAGUUGCUUCGAUGGUUUGCAUCUUCCGUUGUACUCUCUAAAGAGCUUUAAAACAAACAGAAACGUGGCAUUUGUUCAGAAAUCACACGGAAAGAGCACUCGCCCUUGAACGUGUGCCCCAAGGAAGGAAAGAGUGCAGGGGGACCCGUGAGAUGCGCGAACACAAAUGCCAGCACUCAACAUGCUAGAGAUCUGCAACAAAAGUCAACUUUCCUCUUCAGAAACCGUGUACUUGCAGAGACCCCUUGGCAAAAGGGACACGCUUCUGGUGUUGAUGAGUUAAAACACAAAAAUCGAGAUGUAAUCCUUCAAGUAUCUAUCCUUGUGCAAUAAAAAAAAAAAAAAAAACCAGCUCAGAAGGGAGCGGGAGAGGGGGAGGCUGGUGUUGCUGCGUGGUGCUCGUUCUUAAAAAAAAAAAGAAAAAAAGAAAAAAAAAAAACCUCUGCCUUGUUUUUAAGGCUUCAUAAAUGCGACAAAAUAGGCUUUUCCAUAAGUGGCCUUCCUGAGAACAUGAAUGAUAAUUCAUGUUUCAGAAAUGACAACAGGGUGAUAACAAUGAGUCGCGUUUUAAGUGAUUCAGUUUAAAAGGCUUGGGCUUCGAGCAAGAGAUUUGGACGAGAAGGAAAUUGGGUGAUGUCUUAACGUUAUUAGGCCAAUUUUGUGAAUGUCCCUUCCCUCUACCCUCUCCAACCAGACAAUUUUAAAAGCUGAUGGGAUCGUUGGCAUAAAAGGGCAUUUGGUGGUUUUACUUUUUUUUUCCUUUUUUAUUACUUUUAACAGACUAGGGAACAAUUGCUGGUAUACAUAGCAUUAAAGUACUUAUCACAAUAUAAUGGAAAAUUGCAUAUGAAGCAGGAUUGACCAAUAUUGUAGUAAUUGACAUGGCAUCACAGCCUUUGUGAUUAGAGUGAAAAAUUCUAUUACCUUAUCAAAUAAAAAGACUUUUGAGUUCAAAUUACGUUGUUAGUUGUUCAGAGGCAUUACUCUUCCACAAAUAUUGGUCAAUUCUCAGCAUUAUAAAACAUGAGGUUCACAGUUGUAGCCCAGUAUUUGAUAGAGAAUUCUGAUCUGAAUUAGGAAAAAGUAAGUAAAAUCCAAACAUUAGAGAAACAAAGUGCAAUAUUAAAUGUUUGCUUUAUAGAUUA